AUGGACGUUCAGCAGGUCAACUCGCGAGUCAUCCACGAGGAGCCAGACACCGUCUACCGCUUGGAGCCCGACCUCAACACCUCCUCCUCUGAAAAGCCAGACCGUACCAACAACACCACCACAACCACCACCACCAACCAUGCCAGCCCAGACGCAGACGGAGGACAGGUUGAGCGGCAAGUCACCGCCCUCUCCGCGGCCUCCUUCGAGGAGCCCUACCCCGAGGGCGGCUGGGCUGCCUGGUCCGUCGUCCUCGGCUCCUUCCUCGCGCUCUUCUCCGCCAUGGGCCUGAUGAACAGCAUCGCCCUCUUCCAGGCCUACGUGCUCGAGCACCAGCUGCGCGGCCGCAGCGAGGGCACCGUCGGCUGGAUCUUCUCCAUCUACACCUUCCUCGCCUUCUUCGGCGGCGUGUACUUCGGCCCCGUCUUUGACAAGUACGGCCCGCGGUGGCUGACCAUUGCCGGCGGCGCGUGCGUCACCUCUUCCAUGGUGGCCAUGAGCUUCUGCACCGACCUCUGGCACUUUAUCCUCGCGUUCGGCGUCCUCGGCGGCCUCGGCACCUCCCUCGUCUUCACGCCCUGCAUCGCCGCCGUCGGGCACUGGUUCAAGCGCCGGCGGGGCUUCGCCACCGGCCUCGCCACCUGCGCCGGCGGCCUCGGCGGCAUCAUCUUCCCGCUCAUGCUCUCCGACCUCUUCCCCCGCAUCGGCUACGCCUGGGCCACCCGCGCCCUCGCCCUCGUCUGCCUCGUCUGCAGCUUCCUCGGCGUGCUCCUCGUCCGUGCCCGCCUCCCGCCCGCCCCCGACGCCACCGCCCGCCCGGACCCGCGCAUCUUCCGCCAACUCCCUUUUGCCCUCGCCACCGCGGGCAUCUUCCUCCUCGAGUUUGCGCUCUUCAUCCCGCUCGCCUACGUGUCCACCUACGCGGUGCACCGCGGCUUCGGCCAGGCGUUCGCGUUCCACCUUAUCCCGGUGAUGAAUGCCGGGUCGGUGGUGGGGAGGAGCUUGCCGGGGUACUAUUCGGACGUCAUCGGCGCGCUCAACACGUGCCUGCUGAGCGUGGUGCUGUCGCUGGUCGCGUGCUGGUGCGUGUGGCUGCCGCUGGGGCACACGACGGGGGGCAUCGUGGUGUUCUCGGUGCUGUUUGGGUUCGCGAGCGGCACGGGCAUCGCGAUCGCGCCGGUGUGUAUCGGACGCAUGUGCAAGACGCAGGAGUACGGGAGGUACUACGCGACCACGUACACGGUCGUCUCUUUCGCGUGCCUCAUCGGCAUCCCCAUCGCGGGCAGCAUCGUCCAGGCCAACGGCGGCGAGUACGGCCAGCUCAUCAUCUGCACCGGAUGCAUGUACGUCGGUUCCGCCGGCUUCCUGAUCUGGGCCAAGGCAGCCAAGCUCGGCUGGAAGAACUGGCUGGCCGCGUACUAG